AUGGCCGACCUCGCCGCCCGCGUCCAACGCCUGGAAGCCAUCGAGGAUCUCCGUCGAUUGAAGUUCGACUACACCUGGCACCUCGAUAACAAAAACUGGGCGGCCUUCACCGAGUGCUUCACCAAGGACUUCGUCUUCCAGGGAACGGGGCGAACACUGCCUCUCAAUGAGUUCAUCUCCACUGUUCGCGGCUCUCUGGAGCCUUUAGAAACCACCCACGAUCUCCACCAGCACCAGUUCGACUUCGAGGGGCCGGACCGCGCGAGGGGCAUCUGGCGACUGCGUGACCACCUGGUCUCGCCGGACCGGCGCAGCCAGUUCCGAGGCCGCGCCGUCUACGAGGAGACCUACGUCCGGACGGAGCACGGCUGGCGCAUCGCUGCUACCACCCUGCGCUAUCUCAGCUCAGAGGGCUCGGUGGGCAUCGGCCACGGCGACGCCGGUGCGGCGAUGGGCCUGGUUAUGAGCGGCGUGUCCUGA